UUCUUCCCUAUAAUUUGGAAUGUGGGAGGAGGGGGGAUCAUAGUUCUCCCUGAGUGAGACUUGCCUGCUCCUCUGGACCCUGGUCCUGUCCUGGUCUCCAGCAUGGUGUGUCUGAAGCUCCCUGGAGGCUCCUGCAUGGCAGCUCUCACAGUGACACUGAUGGUGCUGAGCUCCCCACUGGCUUUGACUGGGGACACCCAACCACGUUUCUUGGAGCAGGCUAAGUCUGAGUGUCACUUCUUCGACGGGACGGAGCAGGUGCGGUUCCUGCAGAGAUACUUCUAUAACCAGGAGGAGUUCGUGCGCUUCGACAGCGACCUGGGGGAGUUCCGGGCGGUGACGGAGCUGGGGCGGCCUGACGCCGUGUACUGGAACAGCCAGAAGGACAUCCUGGAGCGGGAGCGGGCUGCGGUGGACACCUUCUGCAGACACAACUACGGGGGUGUGGAGAGCUUCACAGUGCAGCGGCGAGUCCAACCUAAGGUGACUGUGUAUCCUGCAAAGACCCAGCCCCUGCAGCACCACAAUCUCCUGGUCUGCUCUGUGAGUGGUUUCUAUCCAGGCAGCAUUGAAGUCAGGUGGUUCCGGAACGGCCAGGAAGAGAAGGCUGGGGUGGUGUCCACAGGCCUGAUCCAGAAUGGAGACUGGACCUUCCAGACCCUGGUGAUGCUGGAAACAGUUCCUCAGAGUGGAGAGGUUUACACCUGCCAAGUGGAGCACCCAAGCGUGACCAGCCCUCUCACAGUGGAAUGGAGAGCACGGUCUGAAUCUGCACAGAGCAAGAUGCUGAGUGGAGUCGGGGGCUUUGUGCUGGGCCUGCUCUUCCUUGGGGCCGGGCUGUUCAUCUACUUCAGGAAUCAGAAAGGACACACUGGACUUCAGCCAACAGGACUCCUGAGCUGAAGUGCAGGUGACCACAUUCAAGGAAGAACCUUCUGCCCAGCUUUGCAGGAUGAAAAGCUUUCCCGCCUGGCUGUUAUUCUGCCACAAGAGAGGGCUUUCUCAGGACCUGGCUGCUACCGGUUCAGCAACUGCAGAAAAUGCCCUCCCUUGUGGCUUCCUCAGCUCCUGCUCUUGGCCGGAAGUCCCCGCAAUGAUGGCAGCGCCUCAUCUUCAACUUUUGUGCUCCCCUUUACCUAAACCCUAUGGCCUCCCGUGCAUCUGUAUACUCACCCUGUACCACAAACACAUUACAUUAUUAAAUGUUUCUCAAAGAUGGAGUUAAAUAUCAUCUGCUCCAUUUGGCUCCAAAGACAAAAAAUGAAAAGAAAAAGGGAGGAUUAUUUCCCAGUAGAAUAAAGAUUUUCAUGUGUAUGUCAUGAGUAUGUGAGGUAAUGCAUAUGUUAAAUAGCAUGAUUUAGACAUUCCACACUACAGGCAUAUAUCAAAACCUCACGCUGUACAACAUAAAUAUACUAUACAAUUUUUACUUGUCAAUUAAAAAAGUAAACCUAAUGGUUAAAAAAGCAAUGCAUAAAAACUGAGAACAGACUGUAACAACUGAAACAAACUCGGCCAACAUGAGAUGAGAAACCAGUCAGCAAGGCAAUCAGAACUCUUUCUUCACCCUGUCUACAAUAUUUUGCAUUUAUAACUGUAAAUUAGUGUAUAGUGUUUCACUCCAGAGACUUCAAUAAUAUAGUGUCAUCAAAGGACUUGUACAGAUUUCAGAGAAACACAGAUUUAGAAGACCGAGGGUUCUCCAUUAUGUUCUAUCUGAGAGUCAGUAUGAAAUGUCAAAUCUAAAAGUACAUAAUUCAGAGGUCUAUUUCAAAGUAAUAAUCAUUUGAGCAUAAUUUCUCCACUGUCAGAGACGACUGUUAUUUUAUUUUCAAUCAAAAGUUGUUUCUAUGCAUAUCUUAUUUUUAGUUGUAUGUUACUUGUACAUAACGUAGCAGUACAAGUACAUAUAAAUCCUGUAAGAGUAUAAAUCCUAUAGCAGUAUAUUAAGCUUAUAAUUAUGUCUGUUCUGUUUGAUCACAGAGUUGCAACAAAUAGGCCUCAGGAUUCCUAAGUUGAGGACAUGAUUUUCUCAUUUUAUAUGAGACUUGGGGUGUGGAAUUACAAAGUAGAACCAAAAUGUGUGGAAUGAAUAUUUCAUUGAAGAUGCGUUCUGCUGCUAAUAGCAGGAAAUUACAUCUAGUGGGCUUUAUUUUUCUUUAACCCAUUAUCUCACAUAGCCGAUAGAUCCAAGGCUGGGCAUCUCCAGGACUGUUCAACUCAGCAGGCUAGGGGCAUCACCAGCGAUCCUGGAACGUCAUAGCUCAUCUCUCUGUCACACACAGCACGUCAGCUUUCCUGAGAUGGUAGGGUGACCCAUGCAGCAGCUUUAGGUUUGUUAUUCUUUCACAACAACUCCCAAAGGAAAGAAAAGGAUACUCCUUUCUCCUGUGUGCCUUUAUAAGGAGCAACUAAAGUGUUUCCAGAGUGUUCUCAGUACCCAUUUUCUCACAUGUUGGAAUAACCAUGUGAUCAUAUGGGCUCAGACAAGCCAGGAUUCAACCUUUACAGAGUGAGCCUGAUGCACAUGGGAAGAAAAGGAGCAAAAUCAUAUAUUUUUUAAAAUAAAGAACUGGUGGAUGGA